GUUUAGCUUGUCUCUUUCGGUGGCCCUGAAUGAGGCGUCUGCCCUGCACUAAAAGUCGGGGGGGGAGGAGUGGGGCUCACAGGAUGCAAGAGUUGAAAUACUUCGGGGAUGGAGCUACGUUGGUGAUUUCACUGGAUGGUUUGAAUUGGAUUUAUAAAAGGAGGUGCAGUGACAAAGGAAUCCAGAAAAGGAAUGAAGAGCUCCAGCUGUUGACAUCCUCAGGUGAGAUGAUCCAGGCCGAUGAAGAGCUGCAGGCCAUCACCUGCGUCCUUGAUCAAAGAGGAAGUGCAUCAUCUCAGCUUUGGAGAAACAGUGACUGCAGAUCAAGCAUGGUGACGCGACCAUCACCUUUCUCCACCUCCCCUCACCUUUGCUGUCUUCCAGAGGAGCCGCAUCAUUCUACGCUCACUUCUUUAGCUUCUUACGUCUCAGAGCGCCCAAAGGAGGCCCCAUGGACGAGACUUGUUUUAAACAUGCGAGACAUUUUUAGUUUUAUCAAAAAGAAUUCAAACAUUGUGACCCAGCAGGACAGUGUCAAUGAUAGGGUUGUUAUUUUCUGUGAUGUGGACAUACCGCUGCAACGUUUUGGUGAUAUUUGCUACACUGAGGAUUGUAAUCUGUCUAUAGGGGAUACUGGUUGGCACAUCAGUGAUGACAAUGCGUUAAGUGCUGCCCACGGUCCAAACACCAGCAACUCUAACGGGAAUCAACACGAACUUGUCAUCAGAGACAAUUUUCACAACCUCAAAAGUCGUCUGAAGUCCUGUCACAUCUACGCUCCAGGUGUGUUGUCUGGGAGUGACACGAAUGUAAAAAAGAGGAAGAGCGUGUCCUUCGAGGAUGACGUCAUGGUCUACCUGUUCGAUCAGGAGAGUCCCACCUUGGAGCUGCACUCUGAGGCCUACACAUCUCUGCCAGACGUCACAUUCGAAGACAGCGGCUUGGAGUGGGACGAUGACUUUUCAGCUUUGGAGAAGAACUGCCAUUUUCAGUGUGUCAGACGCUCUCAGCAACACACCUCGUCCCUGGCGACACAGAGCAGCACUGCUCGAUUCUUUCUGUCCCAAACCUGCCUGUUCCUCACCCAUGUCACUGAGUCAGACCUUGAGCUGUGAGAUAAAGAGUUAUCUACACACACACAGGUGUAUAUAGGUGCUGAUUUUUAGGACACAGUGGUGGUCAAACGCAGCCUUUCCAUCACAUCGUCUGCUGUCAGCCAAAGGCCACCUCACUGUCACCAUGGCCUAACGUGACAUCCACACUUGUUUUUCUUUCAGACAGCCAGCCUUGGCCUCAUGGAAAAACUGACUAAUCGACCAGAUCUUCACCUCUAACUCAUCUCCCCACCUCCCUCCUCUUUUAUGAUGAGUCACGGAUUUUUAAUGGCUUUUUUUUUCUCUCUCUCUCUCUCUCUCUCCGCUCCAAAUGGAUUAAAAGCACCUGCCGUUCGUGACAUCACAGCCACGCAGGACUGUGUGUCAGUGCAUUCAGCUUUCACAGUUGUCGUUAAGAAAGGAUCACAGGCUGUGGUGUGUUUCAUAACGGUGCUGGUACCAUUCCAGCUGCAAACAUCUUUGGAAGCUGCUUUUCCUGCCAGAUUGUGUCCUUGGACCUGAGCUGUGAAAUGGAAACACAAUGUUAUCAAUUCCAGUAAAUAAACUUAAAAAAACUG